GUCUGCACCUUCCCGACUUGCCUCUAUAAAAAACCAUCUAACGCCUAUGGCCACCGAUAAAAAGAGUCCAGUCACUUGCCACGUACUUGUAGCCUCACUUGGUAUACCUGGCAAGAAUGUGGGCGUGAAGAUCGAAAAGCUGGACCAGGGUGAAUUCUCUGUACUGUCGACAUCAGUGACGAACGAAGAUGGUCGUUGCCCAACUCUUUUGCCUGCUGGGUACAAGGCAGAGAAGGGAAUUUACAGAGUCACAUUUGAAACAAAGGCAUUUUUUGAUACUAUCAACCAAGAAUGCUUCUAUCCUUAUGUGCAGAUCGUGUUUGAGCUCGCAAACCCCGAUCAGCAUUAUCAUAUCCCUCUUCUGCUUAGCCCUUACUCAUACACCACAUAUCGCGGUAGUUAAAUCACUGACGAAAAAAAUCACAAAUAUAGCUUUCUCUGAUCAAAUUAUACCCUUUUCUUCUUUGAAAGUUUUUUUUUUGUAUUUUUUUUUGUACUUCUUUGAAAGUAAUGGUGUUAUCAAACAAUAACGAUAGAAAUAGCG